UCUGUCGAAGAAGCCGUGAAGUAUCGAAGGGAAUCAGCCAUGGCAAAUGUAGUUGAUGGCUUGAAAUUUGAGCAGCAACAUGGGAAGUCGAGAGUCAGGGUUUCUAGGGUUUGGAGGAAGGUAGAUGGUCGUGAUUUGAUUGUUGAAUGGAAUGUGAACACAAGCCUCUUCUCCGAUUGUUUACCUGCGUAUGUCCGGGGUGAUAACUCAGAUAUUGUGACCACCGAUACCAUGAAAAACACUGUAUAUGCAAAAGCAAAGGAAUGUGCAGAGGUUACUUCGGUUGAGAGCUUUGCAAUCGAACUUGGGAAACACUUUACAUCAUACUAUCGGCAGGUUACAGCUGCAGUAAUCACAAUAGUGGAAAAACCAUGGGAACGUGUACAUGUAGAUGGUCAACCACAUGAACAUGGAUUUAAACUUGGAUCCGAAAAACAUACAACAGAAGUUACAGUGAAUAACUCUGGUGCUGUAUUAGUAACUUCUGGAAUCGAAGGGUUGGCUUUGCUGAAAACAACCAAGUCAGGUUUUGAAGGAUAUAUUAAGGACAAAUACACUGCCCUGCCUGAAACAAAGGAAAGGAUAUUGGCAACUGAAGUCAGUGCUUUAUGGAGGUACAAAUUUGAAUCCCUUUCUAGCAUUCCUUUGAAGCCUCUUUACUUUUCGGAGAGAUACCUGGAUGUAAAGAAAGUACUGGAAAGGACCUUUUUUGGUCCUCCGAAAGAGGGAGUUUAUAGCCCCUCAGUUCAAGGCACUCUUUAUGACAUGUCCCAGGCUGUUAUUAGCAGGUUCCCAGAUAUAUCAUCCAUCCAACUAAAAAUGCCUAAUCUCCAUUUCUUACCAGUCAAUCUACCAAACAAGAAUAGUCCAAGUAUUGUGAAGUUUGAUGAUGAUGUCUAUACACCAACUGAUGAACCACAUGGGACAAUUCAAGCUAGCUUGAGCCGCAUCUCGUCCAGGAUGUAGAAGCUGUU